AAGCGUUGGGCGGGGCGGCCAUAGAGGGUCCUCCGAGGCGGCUAGAACGGAAACCUGGGAAGCGGUGCCCUCCGGAAGUGCUCGCCCGCGCGCUUCGCCGGGCUGAGCUGAGGGGAAGCGGGGGUCUUCGACGGAGAAGGGUCGCCAUGGCUACGUCGCGGGCCUCCUCGGGAGGAAAAACCAAAGCUUCCGACGACGGUGAUGGCCCCCCAGCCAAGAAGGGGCCGAUUUUCUACGGAAGCCUGGAGGAGAAGGAGCGGGAACGUCUUCUCAAAGGAGAGUCCGGGAUGCUGGGGAAGGACGCGGUCAGAGCAGCUAUCGAGGCCGGCAACAUCAACAUCACCAGCGGGGAAGUCUUCGACCUGGAAGAGCACAUCAGCGAACGGCAGGCGGAGGUCCUGGCGGAAUUCGAGCGCCGGAAGCGGGCCAGGCAGAUCAACGUCUCCACGGACGAUUCGGAGGUCAAAGCCUGCUUACGGGCCCUUGGGGAGCCCAUCACCCUUUUCGGAGAGGGUCCCGCAGAGAGGCGGGAGAGGCUACGUAACAUUCUUUCGGUGGUCGGCACUGAUGCCUUGAAGAAGACCAAGAAAGAUGAUGAAAAAUCCAAGAAAUCGAAAGAGGAGUAUCAGCAGACCUGGUACCACGAGGGGCCAAACACCCUGAAGACAGCCAGGAUGUGGAUUGCCAGCUAUUCGCUUCCUCGGGCGAUCAAGCGACUCGAGGAAGCUCGGAUGCUCAAAGAGGUCCCUGAGGCCACACGGACAUCCCAGAAACAGGAGCUGCACAAAUCUCUGAGGUCUCUGAAUAAUUUCUGCAGCCAAAUUGGGGAUGACCGGCCCAUCUCGUUCUGCCACUUCAGUCCCAACUCCAAGCUCCUGGCUACAGCCUGUUGGAGCGGACUCUGCAAGCUGUGGUCGGUGCCAGACUGCAAUCUCGUCCACACUUUGCGAGGGCACGACACCAACGUCGGGGCAGUGGUCUUCCACCCCAAAGCCACCAUCUCCCUGGACAAGAAGGACGUCAACUUGGCCUCGUGCGCAGCUGACGGCUCCGUCAAGCUCUGGAGUCUCGAGAGCGAUGAGCCGGUGGCUGACAUCGAGGGCCACACCGUGAGAGUGGCGCGGGUGGCGUGGCACCCCUCGGGCAGGUUCUUGGGCACCACCUGCUAUGACCAUUCGUGGCGUCUGUGGGACCUUGAAGCCCAGGAGGAGAUUCUGCACCAAGAAGGCCACAGCAAAGGGGUUUAUGACAUUGCCUUCCACAUUGACGGCUCCCUUUCUGGCACCGGCGGCCUUGAUGCCUUUGGCCGUGUGUGGGACCUACGCACAGGGCGUUGUAUCAUGUUUCUGGAAGGCCACCUCAAAGAAAUCUAUGGGAUCAAUUUUUCCCCAAACGGGUACCACAUUGCCACCGGCAGUGGCGACAACACGUGUAAAGUCUGGGAUCUUCGCCAGAGGAGGUGCAUCUACACAAUCCCAGCCCAUCAGAACCUGGUGACGGGAGUGAAGUUUGAGCCGAAUCACGGCAACUUCCUGCUCACCGGAGCCUACGACAAUACGGCCAAGGUCUGGACGCACCCAGGCUGGUCUCCCCUGAAAACCCUGGCAGGGCACGAGGGCAAAGUCAUGGGCUUGGACGUCUCCCUGGACGGGCAGCUGAUCGCCACCUGCUCUUACGACCGGACCUUCAAGCUGUGGAUGGCGGAGUAGGGCCGGGUCCCGUCUGCCAGACUGGCCCUUCCCGUCUCCCGUCACAAAGGAGGGACCCUUGUGAAGACUGCCUGGGCUUCACAUGGGCGGGGAGGGCUCUCGCUCUGACCUCUGCCCCCGGCAGUGACCACAUGGGAAGAGUGGUUCAUUGGCCCGGGUCCCUGGAUCUCUCUGCCUGUUAGACGCUCCAUGGACACGAAAAGCCGAGUUUCAGUAAACAUUUCCAGAGUCUCUAUUUUUGUACUCGUCUUUUCCUCCUCCUGGACUGGACUGCGGCUCCUUUAGUUUCCGAAUAAUUGACGGCUGGAGGUGGGGAAAGAGAGCUCAUUUCUGUGGCUUGAGGUCGGUCCCAUACCUCUCCUGUCGCUCUGCUUGAUGUUGAAGUCGGUGCCUCUUCCCAGUCGGACGGAGGCACAUAAUCUUGUAUGUGUGUUUGUUUUGGAAAGAUUAAAGCAGGGCUGAUGCCUCUGUUCCUGAG